UAUUGCUAUUGGUGUUAUUGUGUUUGUUGUUGUUAUUAUUGUGGAAUGAAAAGCAAUUUGACUUAUCAACGAUUAAAUUUUACACAUAGCCGCGAGUCUGUGUCAGUGCCUGCGCCUGUGCGCUUAGGUACUUCUAGUCUGUGGCUAUUGUUGUUUUCAAAUAUUUGUUUGUGUAGCGAAAUAUAUGACUAUUGUACAUAUGUAAAUGCAUACACGCAUACAUAUAGUAUGUCCAAAUAUUUUGUUUUAUCUGCAAAGUGUAUAUGCAUACAGGCAUACAUACAUACAUAUGGACAUAUUUCCGUAUGUGCAGUGAUAAAAAGCAGUUGAGUGUGUUAGGAAAUUGAUUAGCCAGACAGCCAAUCAGCCAAGCAAUGAGUGAACGAGUAAGUGAACAAGUGAGUAAAAAAAACAAAAAAUGCCAGUGUAAGUGAACACAGUGGCUGAAAUCAGUGAAGGAAGACAAAGCAGCACGCAGGCCAAAAGAAAAUGUACGGACUUGAAAAGAAGAAUAUGCAGAAACAGCUGAAAGACAUUUCAAACGUCAAUAAGGCUAAAUAAAGAACUGCAAUAAUAGCAGGGGAACAAGCAUAGUCAGUGAACAGCCGCACAAACUUUCGUUGUUUGCACCUACAUACAUAUGGGUGAAUGUGAAUGUAUGUAUUUUAGCUAGAAAUCACUCUGACGUACUAUAAGAACAUACUCAUGUACAUAUGUACGCCCAUGUAAGCACAUUUGGGAACUUAUUCAAUAUUUACGCGCAUACUAAAUACUAAAUAUUUGCAAUUGGCGGUGCAAAUCUUUGCCGUGGCCGUUGUCGUUGCCGCUAUUGUCAUUGUCGCUUAACGCUUGGCGCUUGCCGUCUGGUGUUUGGCUGUCUGUCAGUGGUGGUGUCACUGUCUCCGACAGACGUAUCGUUGCUCACACAAUGUCGUCGCGGGCUUAGUUGGGCUGUCGUUUCUUUAGCAGAAAUUUAUGAACUGAGCUGCGUCGGUAAUCGAAUGGCACUUUUUUAAUUUGCUUCGGGGCGAUGUCUGAAAAUGAAGGAUCCAAAGGAACAUUUAUCAGAAGAAGAAAAUUUGGCAGCAAGCAAGAAAAUGGAGAAUUUGGAAGGCGAUUCAAGUGACAGAGAUGCCGAGGGUCAUAUGAUGCAUGGCAUUGAAGCGUCACUCUCCCUCAGCAACGCUUCCGCACAUAGUCCAGGUGGUAGUCAGGCACUUAGUCCCGCACUCAGUCUGAGCGGUGGCAACAGCAAUAGUAAUGGCAACUUGUCCACUACGGGCAGCAACACUGCCGCCAUCAGCAAUAACAAUAACUCAUUUGCGCAAAACAACAACUCACAAUCGUCAACAGUUUGCGCAAUAUGCGGCGAUCGCGCUACCGGCAAACAUUAUGGCGCUUCCAGCUGUGACGGCUGCAAAGGUUUCUUUCGGCGCAGCGUACGCAAGAAUCACCAAUAUACCUGCAGAUUCUCACGGAAUUGCGUUGUAGACAAGGACAAGCGUAAUCAGUGUCGGUAUUGCCGAUUGCGUAAGUGUUUUAAAGCGGGCAUGAAGAAAGAAGCCGUGCAAAAUGAACGUGAUCGCAUUAGCUGUCGCCGUGCGUCCAACGAAGAUCCCGAUCCGGGUAAUGGAUUAUCCGUCAUUUCAUUAGUGAAGGCGGAAAUCGAGAGUCGUCAGUCUAAAGCAGGUGCCGCUAUGGAGACCAAUCCGAAUGAAGAUCUCUCAAAUAAGCAAUUUGCCAGUAUCAAUGAUGUGUGCGAAUCGAUGAAGCAACAACUGUUAACACUUGUCGAAUGGGCCAAACACAUACCAGCAUUCAACGAUUUGCAACUGGACGAUCAAGUGGCGUUAUUACGCGCUCAUGCCGGUGAACAUUUGUUGCUCGGUUUGUCGCGUCGCUCCAUGCAUCUGAAAGAUGUACUACUGCUAGGCAACAACUGUGUUAUAACAAAACAUUGUCCGGAUGCGCGCCUAUCCCCGAAUUUAGAUAUCUCACGUAUCGGUGCUAGAAUCCUUGAUGAACUCGUUUUUGCGCUGCGAGAUGUGAAUAUUGACGAUACAGAAUUGGCAUGCAUCAAAGCGUUGGUGUUUUUCGAUCCCAAUGCUAAAGGUCUUAACGAGCCCCAACGCAUAAAGACGUUGCGCCAUCAAAUCCUUAACAAUCUGGAAGAUUAUGUGUCGGACCGACAGUAUGAGUCGCGUGGUCGUUUUGGCGAAAUUCUCUUAAUACUGCCCGUGCUGCAGUCCAUCACCUGGCAAAUGAUUGAGCAGAUACAGUUUGCGAAAAUAUUCGGUGUCGCUCACAUUGACUCGCUGCUACAGGAAAUGCUACUUGGAGGUAUGUCUAGAUCUCUCUUCCAUCCACCGUCCUAUUACCUUACUAUGCCUUACUCCAUCUAUGAAGGUGAACUGGCCGAUAGCUCUCCACUCUCGCCACCACAUCUAGCUAGUUACAGUCCCACACGCUCCUUGGACACGAGUCAUGUGACAUCAACUCUAGACGCACUUACGUCACCCGCAUCCAGCGACCACCUUUCGGCGUGCAUGGAUAGCAGUCUAGAUGCCCAAAUGAUGUCGCCACUACUAGAAAAUAUAUCCUCACCACCAACACCGUACAACACAAUGCGCACCAAUCCGACGCAUCGCGCACAGCAACAACAACACUCACAAGCAAUCAACGCCGCUGGUACACCGCAUCAUACACGUUCAAUGCAUUCGCCGCACCUUAACGACACAGAGCCAUCAUCAAAUGCCGAUAUCGUCAAUGGGACCGCCAGCAAUGCCAAUCCGUAUAUGGAUGAGAAUAGCUUGUAUAACUCAGGUGUCGCGUUACGACCACUGUCAACUGGUACGCCACACAAUUUGCCACAUAUGCCAUCGAAUAUGCAGCAUCCGCAUGCAUCACCAUCGCCUAGUCAAUCAAUGCAAUCUGGUGCAAUAAUGCAGCACUCGCCGCCGCUGCAUCGUAACCAUCCCUACCAAAGGCCUGAACAAUUGAAUGCUGCACUCAAUAAUAAUGGCGCAGGCGCACAGCAGCUACGCAAUCCGGCAGAUAUGACUUUAAACGAAUACAAUAGCGGCAGCGCAGAAGAAAUGUUGCGUCGCGCUCCACUCAAGAUACGUGGUCCGGAUGCGCUGAGCAGUGGCGCUGGCGGGGGUAGCGGGUAUAUGAUGGGCGGUGGUAUGCAUGACGCCGAAAAUGCUUAUCGCAUGACACUAAAACAGGAACCGGAAACUGGUUAUUGAAAGUGGGUGGACUAAAGAAAACGGAAGCUCUCCGGAUGGGUGCAAACAACAAAGUCAGAUGCCUACGACAAAUAAUCGAAUGAGAAAGCAGCUCGAGAAGAUGAUAAAUACGCAUACAAAUGUAUAAGUAUGUAUGUAUAUUCUGGGCUUUACGAUAUGUAUCGAACCGAUGAUUAUUCGGUACUUUAAGUCGGGUUACUUGAAGUAAGAGUCAACUGCGCCAACUACUCGUUGAUCAUUUCUUCAGAAGUAAAUACAUACUUAUGUAUAUUUCUCUGCUCGUUAGUCAUACUGUUGGACUUCCAUAUAUGCAACACUAUAAGCAAAAAAAUAUUUUUAAAUUUGUAAAAUUUUAUGGUAAAAAGUUUUUUUCACACAAAUAUUAAUUGUAUAGAUUUACAAUAAUAUUGUUGCAAUUUUUGAUGCCUUUAGUUGAUAAGUAGAUAGGUUUUAUGGAAAUUUUGUUGUUAUAAAAACUUGUUAAUUUACAUACUUUAAUAGGGGUUAAAUAGGUGAAAUUUGUAUAAUCACAGUGGAGUAUUUGUUGGACUUUUUUCCUAUAUAUAGGUUAAGGUGAAAUUUGAAAUAAGCAUUUACAUGAAAUAUUUUUUACAAUAUUUGUACUGCAAUGGAUCAAGUGU